AUGGGGUGGGUAGGAGGAGACAGGAAGGAGAGGAAAGGAGGAGAAGAGGAGUGGAUUCGACGAGGAGGAAGUGCAGGAAGGGAGAGGAAUGAGAGGAAUGAGACAACCAAGGAGAUGGGGUGGAGGUGGGAACUGAGGAAGGAAUUAGAAGUGGGAGGGAGACAGGCUCCGACACCGCCGACACAACCUUCACCUGCAACAACUGACACAUCCUACACCUGCAACACCGACACACCCUACACCUGCAACAAGGACACACCCUACACCUGCAACACCGACAGCUCCUGCACCUGCAACACGGACACACCCUACACCUGCAACACCGACAGCUCCUGCACCUGCAACACGGACACAUCCUACACCUGCAACAAGGACACACCCUACACCUGCAACACCGACACAUCCUGCACCUGCAACACGGACACACCCUACACCUGCAACACCGACAGCUCCUGCACCUGCAACACGGACACAUCCUGCACCUGCAACACGGACACACCCUACACCUGCAACACCGACAGCUCCUGCACCUGCAACACGGACACAUCCAACACGGACACACCCUACCCCUACAACAGCGACACAUCCUGCACCCGCAACACGGUCACACUCUACACCUGCAACACCGACAUCUCCUGCACCUGCAACACGGACACAUCCUACACCUCCAACACCGACACACCCUACCCCUACAACAGCGACACAUCCUGCACCUGCAACACGGACACACCCUACACCUGCAACACCGACACAUCCUACACCUGCAACACCGACACACGCUACACCCGCAACACCGACAUAUCCUGCACCUGCAACACCGACAACACCCGCGAUAUCGACACAUGCAACACCAGCCACACUGACACACCCUACAUCUGCCACAUCGAUACACCCUACACCUGGGACAUCGAGACUGACACAUGCUACACCACCGACAUCGACACUUCCUACACCUGGGACAUCGACACAUGCUACACCAGCGACAUUGACACUUCCUACACCUGUGACAUCGACACAUGCUACACCAGCGACAUCGACACUGCCUACACCUGGGACAUCGACACGGACACAUGCUACACUGCCUACACCUGGGACAUUGACACGGACACAUGCUACACCAGCGACAUCGACACUUCCUACAUCUCGACAUCGACACGGACAUCGACUUACUGCACCUGGGACAUCGACACGGACACAUGCUACACUGCCUACACCUGGGACAUCGACACGGACACAUGCUACACCAGCGACAUCGACACUUCCUACACCUGUGACAUCGACACGGACACAUGCUACACCUGUGACAUCGACACGGACACACGCUACACCAGUGACAUCGACACUGCCUACACCUGUGACAUCGACACGGACACAUGCUACACCAGCGACAUCGACACUCUCUACGACUGGGACAUCGACACGGACACAUGCUACACCAGCGACAUCUACACAUGCUACACCUGCGACAUCAACACAUGCUACACCUGUGACAUCGACACUCCCUACACCUGGGACAUCGACAUGGACACAUGCUACAGCAGUGACAUCGACUCUCCCUACACCUGGGACAUCGACGCUCCCUACACCUGUGACAUCGACACUCCCUACACCACCGACAUCGACACUUCCUACACCUGUGACAUCGACACGGACACAUGCUACACUGCCUACACCUGGGACAUUGACACGGACACAUGCUACACCUGUGACAUCGACACUGCCUACACCUGGGACAUCGACACGGACACAUGCUACACCAGCGACAUCGACACUUCCUACACCUGUGACAUCGACACGGACACAUGCUACACUGCCUACACCUGGGACAUUGACACGGACACAUGCUACACCUGUGACAUCGACACUGCCUACACCUGGGACAUCGACACGGACACAUGCUACACCUGUGACAUCGACACGGACACACGCUACACCAGUGACAUCGACACUGCCUACACCUCGACAUCGACACUCUCUACACCUGGGACAUCGACACGGAAACAUGCUACACCAGCGACAUCUACACAUGCUACACCUGCGACAUCAACACAUGCUACACCAGCGACAUCGACACUCCCUACACCUGGGACAUCGACACGGACACAUGCUACACCAGCGACAUCGACCAGCAACAUAGACACUGCCUACACCUGGGACAUCGACACUCCCUACACCUGCGACAUCGACACGGACACAUGCUACACCAGCGACAUCGACAAUCCUUACACCUGCGACAUAGACUCUCCCUACACCUGUGACAUCGACACGGACACAUGCUACACCAGCGACAUCGACGCUCCCUACACCUGGGACAUCGACGCUCCCUACACCAGCGACAUCGACGCUCCCUACACCUGGGACAUCGACACGGACACAUGCUACACCAGCGACAUCGACACAUCGACAUCGACGCUCCCUACACCUGCGACAUCGACGCUCCCUACACCUGCCACAUCGACACAUGUUACACCUGCGACAUCGACGCUCCCUACACCUGGGACACCGACGCUCCCUACACCUGGGACAUCGACACGGACACAUGCUACACCAUCAACAUCGACAAAUGCUACACCAGCGACAUCAACACAUGCUACACCAGCGAGAGCGACUCCGACACAUCCUACACCCUGUCACACAGACACUUCGUACACCAGCGAAACACCCUACACCAGGUGUUGUUUUGGGUCACUAUGA